AUGUUUUUCAGUCUUGCCGCUUCGCUUCCCCAGUUUCAAUGUCCUUUCACUACCACUACCCUUCCUAGAAGUCUUGAGUUGGCGAGUGCUUAUGAUAAAGAAACCCUUGACAAAUCCCACUCUCAUAUAAUGGAGGGUAUGCAUCUCCUUAAUGACGUAUCUGCUCGUACCAAGGUCCAGAUGGAGCUCCUUUCCCAACGACAGGAAGCCCAAGAAUUCCGAGAAAGGUUGAGUGGGCUUUCUAAAAUGAAUAUUCUUCUUGUAAGUGACCUGAGUGAAAGUAUUCAUUGCCGAAAUGAGUUGAAGAACUUGAAUAAGGAUCUUCAUAUCAAAUUCGACGAUGCCAUUGAUCAUCGUUCGAUGCUCGCCAAGGCGUUGGAGGAGAAGACUCACCAGUUUGAGUCGAUAAAGUUUCGAUUUACUAAGAUGGUCUCAGAGAUGGAGAUCUCAUGUUCUAACAAAGAUGUGUGUAUUAAGAUGCUAGAGAUAGAACUUGUUGUUGAGAAUAGGCUUCUCGCUGACUGGGAUGCUCAGAUUCUUCAACUGAAUCAAGUCCAACCCUCUUAUCUUCAGAAUGAAUCUCGUUUGACUUUGAGAGCCAAAAUUAGAGCCUCUGAGCUUUGGUGGUUGGUGUAA